AUGUCGUAUAGGGAGCUGUACCAGAACCUAUUCAACGCUUAUGUAGUGUCCCCUUUCUACCUGAAACCAUUGCAACCCCCGUUUCCCAAAUGGUAUGACAUAAACGCCCAAUGCGAAUACCAUGCCGGAAUCACCGGGUAUUCGAUUGAAAACUGGACCGCGUUCAAGAAGCUUGUUGAAAGAUUCAUUAAGAUGGGGAUUAUAAGGUUUGAUGACCCAGCCGUACCUAAUGUAGCAGGAAACCCGCUCCCCAAUCAUACCGACCAAGGAGCAAAUGGGAUAAGCGAAGGCGGAAGCAAAAAGAUCAAGUAUGAGGUUGCAGACGUCAGGACCCUAUUGAGACGGGUAUGGAAGGAGAUGGUCAAGAGAGGAUUAAUCGUGUUGGAUUCGAGAGAAGAAUUUGAAGAAGAGAGGGACUACUGUGAGUUCCACAGUGAGGUGGGGCAUGAAAUUCAAGAGUGUGUGGAGUUUAGGGCCCUGGUACAGGACAUGAUGAACAACAGAGAAAUAGAGUUUUAUGAAGAAACUGAAAACCCCGGAGAGGGAGAUAUAUGCGCGUCAGAGGGAGAAUCGAUGGUGCAGAACCAAACAGUUAACUACCCCGUGGUCAUCAUAUCACAACCCAAAAAUAAUGAAGCAGGAGUGCAAAUGCCACCGAGAGUCAUAAUCCAAAGACCUGCAGUUUUCCCCUAUAAAGACAGUAAGAGGGUCUCAUGGAAUUGCGACUGUAACGUGACAAUCCCAGGAAAAGAGAACCUGGUUGACGCUUCAAAAGAGGACCAAGAUAGGGGCUCCUAUACACGUAGCAUGAGACGCUACGAUUCAGCAAGCGAGAAAGCAGAACCCGUAAAAAGAAAAGCUACAGUGGUCGAAGAGAUGAAGGAAAAAACGGUCAAAUCUAAACUUCUUGUUAAUGAGCCGGUCAACGAAGAGGAUGCUAAGGAGUUUUUAAAGUUUCUAAAGCACAGCGAAUACAGUGUUGUGGAACAACUGCGUAAACAACCAGCUCGUAUCUCGGUGCUGGCCUUACUUCUAAGUUCGGAAGUCCAUCGCAGCGCGCUAAUGAAAGUUUUGAAGGAAACAUAUGUUGCCAAUGAUAUCUCCGUCAACAAGCUGGAUCGCUUGGAUAGCAACAUAAGUGCCGAUAACUUUAUCUUCUUCAAUGACGACGAGAUACCACCCAGUGGCAGGGGUCGACUAAAGCUUUACAUAUCAUCACGCGCGACCAGGAGUACUGAUUGA